GACCGAACGAAUAUCGUGGUUUCAGUCUGCGCGCAGCGUACAGCUACAUUACGUGUAUCGGCGUUCUUAAAUGUUCUCGACGUUUUUAUUACACAGGAAACGAUAUUCAACGUUUAAUCAACAGUUUGGCCAAUUAACUUGAACAGUUCGCCAAGCAUGCUCGCACGUAUAGUUUUUCGGAAAUAAAUACCGGGAACAGUGUGGAACAUUCCGGAACGAUUUACGAUGGAUAAAUUGGUGUUUUUGGUGCUGCUUGUUUGUUCAGUGGCACUUUUACAUUCCCACGGAACCGGCGCGACUGCUGUUAAUCGGGGCUAUGUGUUCACGAUGCCAAAGCGGCUUCUAGCCGGCGAAACCGAAAGAGGAUGUCUGUCUUUGCAUAAUUUAGAGCCACCAGCCCAUGUUCUACUCAUAUUGUUGUCUUUGACAGCGGGACAAGAAGAGGAAGUAUUGACUAGUACCAGCGCAGUUAUAAAAACAGGCGUAGAAACAUGCUUGGAAUUGGACGUACCGUCGACGAAAUAUUCGAACGCGUUACUUCGACUGAAGAUCAAAUUGGACAAACGACCCGAUUACGUGAUCGAGUCGGAGAAAGAAGUCUACAUCGAGCACGAUUCUUUGAUCACUUUCGUGGAAACUGACAAGCCAGUUUAUAAACCAGGUCAGGAUGUUAAUAUCAGAGUCCUGAUGCUCAAGCAUGACUUGAAACCGUGGAAGAAACAGAUUCCAAAAAUAUGGAUCGAAAAUCCGUCGAAAGUGAGGAUAGCACAAUGGACGAACGUAAGCACGGAAACUGGCAUGGUGCAGUUGCAGUUCCCUUUGUCAACGGAACCGAGCUUGGGGACCUGGGAUAUAAAAGUAGAAAAGAAAAGAUCGCAUCCCCAACUGAUUCACACGACCACGUUCGAAGUGAAGAAAUACGUUUUACCGAGAUUCCAGCUGACCAUAAAUUCGCCUGGUUACAUUCUAGCCGACGCGGUGGACGUCACUUGGAACAUUUGUGCCAAAUACAGUUAUGGGAAGCCUGUCAAAGGUACUCUGUUUUUGAAAUCAACCCCGCAAACGCCAAGUUGGAGAAGAAAGCUCAAUCUGCCGGAAACAUAUUACGAGACCGAGUUGGACACGCGGAACGGAUGCACGGAAUACGUUCUUUCCGGAGCAGCUCUUGGCCUAGCUCGUUGGAAAGUGGCGCCUAACAAUAUUGUUCUCAUAGCGAAUUUCACGGAAGCCGAUACUGGCGUAGUAGAAACAGCGAUUAGUCGUACGAUGGUGAUGCAUCAGGCUUUGAAACUGGAAUUCGUCUCUCACACGCACAAAUACUUCAAACUGGGAUUGCCCUAUCACGGAAAGUUACGAGUUUUACGGCACGACGACACACCGGCCCCGAACGAAAAAAUUCAGCUUUGUCUGAAAGUACGCGGAAAGGACCAGAUGCUUCGCGUCGUGGUGGAAUGUCGCAAUUUCACGUCGUCCACAGACGGUUUUAUCGAUUUCAUUGUACCGCCGCCGAAUAAAAAUAUCGUUUUAUUGAGUUUUGUCGCCACCGGUGUCGAUUACCCAACAAAAUAUUAUUCGCCGGACAAACGCUGGAGGGUGUUUAUGGAUCAACCUUCAGCGCACAUCGACGUAAACCCUUGGUACUCUCCGUCUGAUAGUUACUUAGCGGUAGCACGAGGUUAUCAACCGAUAGAAUGCGGCGAGAAAUAUUCUUUCAACGUAAUGUACACAGUUCCUUCGAACAGCAUAGUCAACAAGUCCAUUUCUUUCCAUUACUCCAUUAACUCGAAAAACGAUCUAUUGAUAUAUGGCCACGUGAAGCACAAACCUACCCAAGACACCAUAUUGAAUUACUCGGAAUUUCAUAAUCUUUUAGGCGCUGUUGACUCUCUAACCAAUAAUACUGACCAGGGCACCGACGUGCAUAGGUUUCCGUUAAGCGUUAAAGUUACACCGAGCAUGGCUCCCGUGUCGGAGCUGCUACUUUAUUACGUGCGACCCGACGGCGAGAUCGUUGCUACCACUUACACGAUCGAGGUCGGCCAUUGUUUCGAGAACAAAGUGAAGACCGCGUGGCACUCGGACGUUCGAACACCGGGAGGCCGCACUCAGUACCACGUGGAGACUGCACCUUGGUCUCUUUGCGGCAUUUCCGUCGUCGACAAGUCGACCCUCUUUCUGGCCGGAUCGAAACCUAAUCUUGUCGACGCCAGCCAAACGUUUGAUCAAUUGAAGAGGUUUCACCCGCCAUCAGAAACCCCCCCAAUCGAGUCAUGGGCCAACUGCAAACCUACUGCAACGGCAGCGGCGGACGAAUCGAUGGGAGAAAUCGAUCAUUUGCCGUUUAUCCCAUUAAGAGACUGGCUCGGGAGAAAACGAAGAAGCGUGAUCAAGUACAAUGGCGGUGUUAAUUACGUGGAUGCUAUACAAGCUUUUGACGAUUUCGGUGUUGUUGUAAUGAGCGAUUUGGUAUUGGAAACACGGCCAUGCCCGCUGUUCUUCAAGGACCACUUAAUGUUGUUACCACGUCUUCAAGUGCAGAUGCAUCGAGAUGGUAUGGACGCGUCGGAAGUGAUCAUUGAGAGAGCGCUGCAGCCUACUGCCUUUCCGUUGAUAAAUUAUGCGCUUGCGACCUCAGACAUGAAUCCCGAAUUAGGAUACGUUGACCAAUUACCCGAUCAGACGGCCACUCUGAGAUCGUACUUUCCUGAAACAUGGUUAUGGGAAUUAAUACCAACCGAGGAAGAAGGCAAAGUUACGAUGGACCUCGUGCUACCACACACCAUAACCGAUUGGGUUGGCUACACAACCUGCAUUUCACCGAUACACGGCCUCGGAAUAGCACCUCCAACCACCAUAACGGCGUUUCAGUCGUUCUUCCUCGACUACAGUUUACCGUACAGCGUGAAACGCGGGGAGCUGUUGCCUCUGAAAGUUUCACUUUUCAAUUAUAUGCAACACAGAUUACCUGUAACGAUAAAGUUAGAAGGCGCGCCAGGACUCGAUUUGCUUUUUGCGCAUCCCAGGGCCUCGUUUUGCGUGAAACCGCGGGCCAGCGUUGUUCACGAAUUCGUCCUUAAGCCACGCGUUAUCGGAGAAGUUAAUAUAACAGUUUCUGCUUCCUUAGAUCCUGAUUACGCUGAUCCUUGUGGUCCAGACACUUUGAUAUUUACACGGGACGUUAUCGUGAAGCCGAUUCUCAUCCUGCCGGAGGGUUUCCCCAUGGAAGUGACGAAAUCGUCGUUCAUUUGCCCAAAGGAUUUCAACGACGACUCGAUGAUCGUUUGGGAUCUAAUGUUGCCUGAAAAUGUGGUGUCGGACAGUGGAAGGGCUUACGUCAAUUUAGUGGGAGACAUUUUGGGACCGGCGCUUGAAAAUUUGAACAAACUUGUACGAUUACCGAUGGGCUGCGGCGAACAAAACAUGAUACUUCUUGUUCCAAAUAUUCACGUGAUAAGAUAUUUAGACGGCGUUGAGAUCAAGAACCCUUCGCUUCGCGCGACAGCUAUAAAAAACAUGGAGAAAGGAUACCAGAGAGAACUGAAUUAUAGACACCCGGAUGGUUCCUAUUCCGCGUUUGGACCGGACAGCCUAGGAGAUGGAAGCUCAAUAUGGUUGACCGCAUUUGUAUUGAAAUCAUUCGCUCAGGCUCGAAGUUUGAUUCACAUCGACGAGCGUGAACUGAAAUUAUCAGUGAAGUGGAUCGUGAAGAAGCAACUGGAGAAUGGUUGCUUCCCCGUAAUAGGCAGAGUCUUUCACAAAGAGAUGAAGGGUGGCCUUCAAGAGUACGACAGUUCAUCGUCAGCGCUAACAGCGUACAUUCUCAUCUCUCUGUUCGAAUCUAGAGUUCCCUUGUCAGCGUCCCUUAUCAAGAACGCCAUGUAUUGCUUGGAAAAGGGAAUGGCUAAUAGUAACGAUCGUCCUUACACUUCAGUCCUCUCCACGUACGCGUUAGCCUUGCUGGAGCAUCCGAAUGCCAAUUCCAGCAUGAAGGCACUUAUGGAGCGCGCUACGGAACACAAUAAUCUACUUUGGUGGGAGGACAAAACUAAGCCUUCCUUGAGCCUGAGCAUCGAGAUGACAGCGUACGCUAUUCUCACGUUGGUGGAACUAGGCGGCGCAGAGAAUAUGGUUCAUGCUUUGAAGGCCGUACGUUGGAUGUCGAAGCAAAGAAACGCUAACGGAGGAUUUACAUCUACGCAAGACACGGUCCUUGGUUUGGAGGCCCUAACUAAAUACGCCAUGGCUGUGAACAGCAAUGCCACCGAUUUGUCGGUCCUCGUGACCGCGGGGGAAGUAGAUCACGUCUACAGGAUGAACAACGACAACCGUAUGGUCCUCACGCAGAUUCGUUUGCCCGUUUUACCGACCAUCGUCGAGAUUUUUGCGGAGGGCGAGGGCUGCGUGCUCGUACAGAGCAACAUCAAAUACAACGUCGCGCAUGCUACUGGUUCCGACGCGUUCGAGCUUUCGGUGGCUGCUCGUUCCGUGGACGAAUGCGCGGUGCAAGAGAUCACGGUCUGCGGCCGAUACAAAUUGGUAGACGAGGAAAGUAACAUGGCUCUGAUCGAAAUUGGAAUGAUAAGUGGCUACGUGCCGGACCGGGCAAGCCUGCACACGCUAUUAGGAGUACCAUCGACAAGAGUGAAACGUUUCGAGGAAGACCACGACGUCGUUACCAUUUAUUUCGACAAGCUGACCGGCCAGAAAACCUGCGUUUCAUUCACGGUGAUAAGGGAAACCGUUGUUGAUUUGCUCGAGCCAGCGAACGUAAAAUUGUACGAUUACUAUCAGCAGGAAUUAACAGUAUCCAGUAACUACAAUUUCUCUCCGACUUGUAGCAGCGCGGAUCCUAACGAGGAACCACCGACACCGGAAGUGAUUUUAACGCUCGAUAAGUCAUUGUCGCAGGAAGAACAUUUGAAGAGCGACGCGCCGAUGGAAAAGUCCGCGAAGAGUGAAACGGCAGAGAAAGACGAUAAAAUAAACAAUAGAAUCGUCGAGGCGAAUAGCAAAUCUACGUCCACGAAAGAGCCAAACUUGGCGAACAAGCUACAAGACGACGAGGCGAGCAGAAGAGAGAAGCUAAGGGACAAAAUCGAAGAAGCAUCGAUCACUGGAGUGCGUCCCAAAAUUGACAAUGUACCGUUCGUGGAAAAUUCAAAUCCGAAAGUUAACGAGGACGACAUAGACUCCGUCGCACACGUCCGUACUACUAACGACAACAGCAUCGUUGUUGAUAAUUCGAACAUUCCACAGGUAGAAUCCGGAAGUGGUUUGAUGAUGCCUGAUGAACCAGACACAAACCACAAUCCCAAUUUUGAUGCUAACAUAGGAACACCGGAUAACACAGAGAAUCCUUCUACGAAGGAAACAGAGGACACAGACACCCCAGGAAACCCAUCUUUUGUCAUUGUGAAUCAUGAACUGGAAACUCCGGAAGGAGUCGAAGGACCAGUACCGGUUUACGCAAAACCGGAUACGUUCGAUUACAAAACAGAAACUACCGACGCGACAUUGACACCCGAGAUGGAUAAUCAAAACAUCUCACAGGAGUCUGAUAACCGAGUGAAAAAUGUUACAAACAGCGAGGCGCACGAUGCGUCGCCAACGAAUGUGAAACAGUCUUGUCCUGUAUGCAUCGACAAAUUGCCGUCGAAUUUCAGCAAUGUUUAUUGCCCGGCGAGUAGCGUUGUUAAAGUAGCAAUCAGACGAUUGAGUAGAGCGAGAUUGUUGUUGGAUUUACAUGCGUCCCGGGAAAUUCGACGUCUUCGUGCCACUGUAGAGUUCACUUUAAAUCCGGACUGCUCCUGUUCGCCGUUAGAUUCUCCCGGAAGUCUGGCGUUAAUAGUAAACAAGGACAACGACUUUCUCGCAUCGGGGGAUCACAAACAGACACUGAACAAUUCGUUUUCUGUAUACGGAUUACCAUCGGUAAGUGGAGUGCCCCAUGAAGUAACAGAGGCACGAACAGCGUGUUCGAAUCAAAUGAAAAAUCAGUCCACUUACGUGGAACCGCCUGUCGGUGGUUGAACGCGCCGUUUUAAUAUUUAAUAUGCAAAGCAUUGAGAACGGUAAAAUACUCGUUGUGUUUUGUGAAACGCCAGUAAGCUGUUUUUAGAAACUGCUUUGGAAAAUUGGCCUCGUUCGUAAACUUCGAUCAUAAAGAUACGCUAUUUGUAAACUUCGUGCAGGGUAUAUACAUAAUUCCUUUUUUUUUUUUUAUCUACAAAUAUGUCAAUCAAUUAUAUAAUUAAUGAAUAGGAUAAGCUAUGUAAUCGCGUGGUACGCAUGAAAAUAUAGAAAAAGAGUCAUUAUUUCUAAUCGAAUCGACGAAAUUGUAAAUAAAGGCGAAUACACGCUUUCGACGCAACGGUAAUCGGCAAAACUGACUUCUCUUUCUGCAUCGGCGAGAAAACACGCAAGAAAGCGACCAUCAUGUUUUUUUUUGUUGCACUUUUUAUUUAUUAUCUUUGUAUCUGAUCGCUACUGAAAUAAUUAUUACAAAUUAACAAUCACCUUUCGAACUGUACUACAUUAAAUAUUAUUUUAUUACAAUGGA